AUGAACACAAGUGGUGAGGUAAACGAGGUCAUCAAAGUCACCACGAGUAUUUCUAAAAGGAGCAUUGUUGACACUGCUACUAGUAGGUCAUCUAAAUCGAAAGGCAAAGUGAGUCAGAUUCGGAAGUCACCUGAAUGUUCAGUCGAGAAAAUGACACGAAAUACAAUUGCUGAGAGUUCAAGUACACUUGCUUCGGAAGGUAGAUCUGAUCGAAGCAAAACUCUCGUCUCUUCAGAACUACAGUCGACCCCUGAAACGAUUGGAAAACUUAAAGUUGGCUUGAAUCCAUUCACUUCAAUACCUCAUCUGAGCAUUAACAAAAUAAUGCAAAUUAACAUUGUUAUAGCAAAGAAAUCAGCCCCUCCAACUUCUGAAACGACAGACUUACCGAGUGUCAGAUUGACGCGUUCGGCUGCGAGAAAAUUGAACAACCUGACAAGUGAAGUAUUCCAAAAAGCCGAGAAUGAGGCAAGUAAAUGA